CAGUUGCUAAGGUAGGAUUGGACGAGGGCCGUUCUAGGGAGGAGUUUCGCGAAUUGGAAAAACUGGAAGAACUGCAAAUUACGUCGAAUGUGUUUCUGUAAAGUUAUGCUACAUCGCGUGCACUCAGAGGCAGUGCCUUGUUCAUAUUAGCAACGGUUUUUUUUAAACCGUUGGAAAGACGGUUGAUUGCGUUUAAUUAUUUUUUCGAGCACAUCCAUCGAGCUACUCCAUCUACACUUUAAACCGUCAUUAUUUACCAACUGUGUGGUAAUGUCCUAAUGUAACGACAGAUUUGUGGAGUUUUUUCCAGACUCUUUGAAAGAUGGGUUUUGAGCAAAGGUAUAACAUAAAGGAGGGUGAUUGGAAUGAGGACAGUUCAAAGACUAUUGGUGUGUUUAUACUUUCCCCAAAACAUCGAACAGCGAGACUAUGGAAUUUGUUCAUUGCUCUAACAUCAUUAUUGGCUUUUUCAGUCUCAAUGUUUCGGGUAUUUUUCACUGAGGAUUUGGAAUUAAUCAGUACGAUAUAUUACUGCCUUGACUUUAUUUUUCUUUUAAACAUCAUCUCAUGCUUCUUCGUCGGAUAUGAAAAAGAUGGUGUAGUAAUCACCGAUGCAUCUAAUGUUCGGAGAAGGUAUUUGCACACUUGGUUCAUUGUGGAUGUGUGCUCUUUGAUUCCUCUGGAAAUGUUCUCACAUUUUUGGAGUUUAAAUCGCUGUCUGCGGGUGUUAAGAUUGUUCAGUAUAAUAAACUCAUUUGGAAAGGAACCAGACACCAACAAAAUACAUGUGGCAGCUCUCAAAUCUUUUUGUAUAAUGACUAUUUGCAUUCAGUUGUCUGCAUGCCUUUGGCACUAUAAUGUGUGCGAAAGUUCUCAUUCUAAACUGGGAAGAAUCUGUCAACAGGAUUUCAACUGGCUGCAGUUAAUACCAGAGAUUUCAACCAAUUUGGAUGGAAUCUCAGAUAUGACCUUUUUUGGCAAUGCGAUAUACUGGUCUGUGAUCACACUAAGUAAUGUUGGGUAUGGAGACAUUUAUGGCACUAAUACGACAGAAGUAAAAUUGGCAGCUUUAGUGAUGGUUAUUGGGUUUCUUGCCAUUGCUGGAGUCAUCAUGACAGGAAUGAGCUCCAUUAUAGGCAACUUGGAUGCCCAACGAGGAAGAUUCUACAGUCGAAUUGACGCUAUUCGUAUCCACAUGAGAUAUAUGGAAUUGCCUCAGGAGAUUCAAACAUGGGUAUACAGAUACUACUAUUAUUUGUGGAUACACCACAAGGGCAAUGCCUUUGAUGAUCUUUUUGAUGACUUACCAUAUGCUUUGCAUUCAGAGAUUUCAACUGCACGCUACAAACCCCUGUUGAAAAAGACUUCCAUAUUUGAAGACACUGGUGAUGGCUUCAUAAGAGCUUUGAAUGUUAAAUUGAGCACUUCCACAUACAGCCAAGGACAAAUCUUGGCAAAACCAGGAGAAAUGAAUCGGAAUGCAUUCUACAUUGAAAAUGGGCUGGUGCAGGUAUAUGGAGAUAAUGAUGAGAAGAUUGCUACAUUGUUACCAGGAACCUUAAUUGGAGAAGUAUAUUUGGUAUACAAGAUACCAAGAAAUGCCACAAUUUCAGCUUCAACCUUGUGUGAAAUUUGUGUUUUGGAACAUAAAGACCUUAUCUCACUACUGGCUGAUUAUCCAGAAGCGGGUCUAAAGAUUGCCAGAGCAGCCAGGACAAGGCUACACAAUGUUAAAUAUCCUCUUUCAGAAGCUUUUGCUUUAGGGCUAGCUUCAAAUCCACAGAGUGUUGUUUUUCAUCAGAAUUGUCAUGCAGAUGGAAAGCCAAAGGACCAGAAGAUAUCAAAUGUAUUGAAUGAGUUCAUAUCUCAUCAGUUGAAGGAUCCCUCUUCAUCAUCUACAGAUAAUCAAAAGAUUCAUUGGAUACCAACCUUCCGUCCAGAUGACAGAUUUGCCAAAAGUUGGAAUAUCAUAAUACUUUGGUGUGUCAUUGUUUCGAUAUUCACUGAAAGUUGGGUGCUUUUCUUCGCAAAUAACUUGGAAACAGGUGGAUUUUAUUACAAGCACAUGGGACUGAUGUAUCUUCUUCUCAGCGUAUUGAUUGAUUGUGUUGCAUUGAUUGACAUAUUCAUCAAUCUUCGCAUAGAAGUUAUGACAAAAGAUGGUUAUUCAACAGAUUUCAUAUCUAUAUUCAAUAACUAUCGGAAAUCUUGGAAUUUGUAUUUUGAUGUCCUGGCUAUUUUCCCAUUUGACUUUUUCUCGUUUGUGUACACUGGUGAACUUCAUUGGAGAAAUUUAACCUACUUCAGAUUAAAUCGGCUUCUGUGGAUUCGUAAGGUUUAUUGUCAUUUCAAGAAAAGUGAGAAGGAUCUGGACAAUGACUUGUUUGUGCAAAGAUCUGCGAAGUGUAUUUUUCUCUUGAUUUUUAUUCUACAUGUUUGCUCCGGGUGUUUGUAUCUCGCAGGAUGCUCAAACUAUCGAUGUGACGAGGAUUCAUGGGCAUGGAAUACUGGUCUGAAAGAAACUCAGUCAAAUUUUUAUCAUUACAUGGUUGCUGUAUAUUGGGCGACUACAACAAUGACAAAUAUUGGAUACGGUGAUAUUCUGCCCAGCAGUAUGACUGAGAAGUUAGUGGCAGGAAUGGUUGGCUUAGUUGGACUGUUUAUGUUUAACUACAUUGUCAGUCAGAUUUAUGCCACAUUAUCCGCCAAAAAUGCAUCUAGGUAAGUAAUGGGACAGUUUAUUACUAAGAAUUUGUGAUGAUUAACAGUAGAAUGGCCAGGCAAUUUAUAAUCGUCUUUACACCAAAAGUACAUGUCUGAACCUAGUGAAAAAUUAACGUAAACAUGACUAUACUCUCUGUUGACUAUUCAUUGUAGACAGACAAUGGUCAAAUAAGUAAAAAAGGUGAAAGCAAUGAGACAAAGCAGCAGAAGUUGAAAGCAGUGGACAGCAGUGAAUUUGAGGCAAAAGCAUUACAUUUAAUGGAAUGAAUAUUACAUUUACAGAAAAAAUUAUGUGGAUGAAUCAGUCAGUAGUGUCAGCAAAUCCUUGUAUGUAAUGUCCAGUGUGGUGUAAUGUGUUGUGCAUAAACAAAAGUUAAAAUCUCAACUAAAUCAUAACCUCAAACUAGUGCUGUCAGUUUAACGCGCUAUUAACGGCGUUAACGCAAACCCAUUUUAACGCCGUACAUUUUUUUAUCGCGC